CAGACAGUAACUCCAGAUCCGAUGCGACUCGAAGCAACUUCACAUUUGAACAGAGUUCUUAAGUUAGAGGACUUAAAUCAACGCAAUCAUGACUUCAUCUGUAUCAUGUGCGCUCUUUCUAUUGGUAUCAAUCGUUUUUCCGUUGUCUUUUGCGCUAUCGGGGGAAUAUUGUCACGGCUGGACGGAUUCCUUCAACUCUUGGCACCGGGGAUUCCAGUGUCCGGAGCGCUUUGACGGUGAGGACGCGCGCUACUGCUGCGGGACAUGCGCGCUCAGGUACUGCUGCACGUACGCGGAGGCGCGCCUCGAUCAGAGCACCUGCGACUCGGGCUCCGAGUCUGAGAACACGGAUGAUGUGAGAAAGUUGACAGAACGUGUUCCGACCUAUCUGCCUUUUGUGAUUGUGGUGAGUGCGUUCCUGUCGUUCAUUCUGGUCGGUGCGGUUGUAUCUGUCUGCUGCUGCCAGUGUGUGAAACCCAAAGCAAGCGAUCGGCCAACGGGGCCAUCUGUUGCUCAGACCAGCCUGUUGGAAUCUGGAGGACCCUCUGUGGACAGCUCCACACCGUCCCGCACCUCCAUGUCAGGCUCCUCCACGACAAACACUCGCCCUCCACCAUCCGAGCUCAGCGUGAAGCUCUAUGGCCCGAUGGGAAACGCCUUCUCAAACUCUCAGUCCCAGCAGUAUGUUCCUCCACUGCCACAGGGGGCACCACAGUUCUACCAGCCCUACAUGAAUUACCGUCUCCCCCCAGAACACAGCAUGCUGAUGGCCCCUGUGUUUCCGGAUGCCCAUCCUGUGUUUGGGCAGGUGCACGGUCAGCCUUUUCCUCAGGGCCCCAUGCACACAGAGCCCAUAUAUCCCACUGUAACUAUAUGAUAAUGUUUAUAAAACUACAAAUGGACUAUAAAAAUGUGUGGUACUACACAAGGAACAAUAAUAUCCCAGGGAUAUUUUAUUUUUGCUGCCUUGGAUGGCUUCCAUAAACAUUUUCUGUAUCUACAUAGACACAAUCACAUCUGACAUCAUGUUGGUCGUGGUUGGUAUCUUUUAUGAUGUAUUAAUACUUCUCAUAGGAGUGUAUUUGCAUGAACACUUGAUUGUUUAUUCAUCAAUAACUGUUUGUAAUGGAAUUUAUAACAGAUUAGAGAAUACAUUUUAUUUUCAUAGGCAAUUUGUUUGACUGUCUUCUCAUUCUUACACAAAAAAAAUGAAUAUUUCAAGACAUUCAGACAUGUUUGUGAAACUAGAAAAUUAAGUUGCUUGAAAUUAGUAUCACACAUUCAAAGGUUCUCAAAUGAAUGAAUUGUGAAGAACAUUUUAAUAAUUAAAAAAACCUUUCACAGUAAAGAAGCUUUUAGUGCAAUGGAAAGGUUCCAGAGAUGUUAAAGUUCAUAGAUGUUAGUGGAGUCAUCAAUGCCAGUAAUGCCUUUAUUUUAAACAGAGAUGGGCACAUUUCACAAAAUACUGUGUGGAAAAAUUUACUUAAAUGCAAAUUACAUUCGAUUUUUUUCAAGGGUUUUAAAUACAAAAAAGUAUUUUGUAUUUCAUACACAUAUUUUAACUACAUGUAUCUGAAAUACUGCCUAUCCCUGUUUUUAAGAGUAUAGGAUUCAUGAAAAGCACAAGCAACAUUGGUUUAAUUAAAUGGAGCUAGUUUAAUUUACUAAAAUUAAGUGGCAAUAUUUUCCUUAACUGUAGUUCUAGACAUAUUCUUGAACAGUAAGUGUCUCUUUGUCCUGCAAAGAGCUUUGGGUUUUUCUUUACAAUACUUCGAUAGUAAAGCUCUCCAUCCGUUACAGCUGCUUGUGUGUGUGGCUUAGCGGGUUUUAUGCGUUUGCAUGGAAACAGCAGGAGGGGAGAGGACAAAAGAUGCAGAUCUCCUCACGCCCCUGAGAGUGGGAUUAGUGCAGGUAAAGAGGGGUGUGUGAGUGAGAUUAGGCUCUGGAUGGCCCAGCUGGAGUUUAAGCAGAUGCGUAUGAGUUCAUUAACGAGCUGCAGACAAGCCUACUGAGUUUCAGCCCAAAUCCUGUUAUGAUGUAAAACGUGUCAUGUGAAGCUAAAGACAUGAAUAAAUACAGCCAUGCAGACAAA